AACCGAAAAUGCUGUCUAUGUAGGUCGCUCACUAGGUUUUGCGACUAGCUCUUUGUUUCACGCAUGCGCAGUGACCCAUUCUUCUCUCAGCAUCAUGGCGGCUCCCGUAGACCUCGAGUUGAAGAAGGCCUUUGGAGAGUUGCAGGCUAAAAUGAUUGACACCCAGCAGAAGGUGAAGCUGGCAGACCUGCAGAUCGAACAGCUGAGCCGCAUGAAGAAGCACGCCAACCUCACGCAUGCAGAGAUCACGUCACUCCCUGACACCACUCGCAUGUUCGAGGGAGCAGGACGCAUGUUCAUUUUACAGUCAAAAGAUGAGAUCACCAAUCAGCUUUUGGAUAAGCAGAAGACCGCAGAUGAGAAGAUAAAGGAGCUUGAGCAAAAGAAGACGUACCUGGAGCGCAGCGUUAAAGACGCAGAGGACAACAUCAGAGAGAUGCUGAUGUCCAGGAGGGCCCAGUAAAACACUCUCACAACCAUCCACAUGUGAGAAACGUUCUUCAUCACCUUUGUACACCGUGCCCUUAGUUUGAACAUGCUUGUGCAUGUAUUGGAGAAUACUCGUGACAGCCGAGGAGUCAUUUUAUCAACUGAACACAGGAAGUUUAUUUAGGUUAAUAGUUAAAAAUGAAUGUACUGUUGACCGUCUGUCUAAUACUGACUUGUGUGAUAUCUAGCACCUGAGUAUUCUGUAAGUCUUUUUAAGUUAUUGAUUGUUUUGUUCGAGUUCGAUUUUUUUUCUAUUGUUUUGUAACAAUGCACAACAUUUUUUUUAUGUAAGCAGGUGUUAACAUGGUAAUAAAGGUGACUGUUUAAAGACA